CAUUUUUCCAAAAUGGCCGCCAAUUUGUUAGAAAAGCGUAUGGCAAGCAAACUGCUCUUUAUCCGCCAUACAACUCGUCUUAUUCGGCGAAAAUUUUGCGCAGUUGCUGUGCAAGAAGAAAAAGAAGGUUAUCAGACAGGAAUUCCGUUGAUCAUAGCUCCACACGUGAUAAGAAGAGCGUUCAUAGUGCAUCCUUCAACUAAAGAAGUCAACGCAAGUUUGAAGUACCAAUGGUUUACGAAAACAAAAUUAUAUGAGGGUCUGCCUUCUUCCCUCUCAGAUGUAGACAGGUACUUCUCGGUUGAAGAAUAUGAAGUCGUAAAAGAGCCAUUCAGGAAUUCAGUAUUGCAGAAUUAUGGAUUCCGCAAAGAAGCUACUAAUGAUCGCAAAAACGAACGUAGUCAGGAGCUUCUUAAACUUGGUGUUUUGCAAGAUUUGUUGAGAUUUGGCUGGUCAUUUGCUGAUCGUUACCCUCACUUGAAUGACUGUUUCCUCGACUUUGAACCCAAAAUAAAGAUUCACUGGGUCAGGCAUCAUAACUUUUACCAGUUGGAGCAUAAAAGACCAAAACCAGCUUAUAUAAUCCGAGCAAAGGAACCGGCAGCUUUAUUUGAACCAGGUAUGAUAGUUUAUUGUACUUCUUUAAGUAUCACUAUUAUUGCUUUCCUGCCUUACCCUCUUAAACCCUUCUCCAACACUGUAAGGCUCAUCCGUUUUCUAACUACACUUGUUUUUCCUCCCUGGAAAUCACCGGUUGUUUUGCCUAUGCAUGAUUUUGCCAACGACCCAUUACCAUGCAUCAUGCACCCAUGCAUCAGUCAAUUCGAGCUGUGCCUCUGGCUCACCAAAGCCAGAGGCACAGCCCCCCUCCACCCCCAAUCCAGCUAAUCCCAGGACAUUACCAUUAGCUGCACAGCUAAAUGAAAUGAACUCUACACAUGAUCCUUGUUCUUUUAGCCGUGAUAAGAAAAAGUCUGAUACACAUUUGCAUAGCUCUUUCUCUAAACCAUUGAUCAGGAGAAAACGUUUAGAGAACUGACCUAGCAUGUUAGCAAAAUGACCAAAGACGUUAGCAAACAGGACGUUUUUGAGACAACUGUAAAUCCCUCCUUAAAUGGUGAUAAGUUUUCUUUCCCCCCAAAGUCUUGGGGUAGGGUUGAAACUUAUGAAACAUUUUAGCUAGUGUGAAAAUUCAAUGGAAGUUAACUGUAAGCCCAGUCAAUCCAAGCAUAGCGAUGCCCCUUCCCAGCAUCUGCCAGUCACUUGUGAUCUUCUCUUUAAGUCAGUUAUCAGGAGGUCAGGAGGAGCAAAAGGAAAAGCAAUUGUGGGAUAAAACACUCAUCCCCACUGACUGAUAGAAGGAAACAAGCAAAAAUUUAAUAUGUAAUUGCCUACUGCGAAAAAAGAAUUCUUACAGUGCCCUAAAACAUAUUGAACCUGUGACUUCCUAAGUGAUAUGCCAAUCCUCCAAUCACUCAUCUAUAGGAGACUUACUAUGAACAAGCCGUACAACUGACUUCAGAUUUAGUACAUGGUCUGCCACACUGUAGGCUCCUUAUUGAUGGCUGUGGCAUUUCUUUUUCUCCCUGAGUUGCAUUGAUGUAAGAGAAUUCUUCUUUAAAUUAUUUCUUAUCCAACUUACUUGCUUGACAAGGUUUGAUAUCAAGUUUUGUUUUAUUAUCUCUUUACUAACAGAUAUUGAAAGAACAUCUCUGGAGGACCUGCCUGGACCCUUUGAUAACUAUAGUCUUGGUGUGUACCGUCAUCCCAUUGUUCAUCUACAGAACAACCCAGGGUUCCAGAACACUGCCUUGAACAAGUACCCUUACAAUCACAUGUUGUUUUUGACAAACACUUUUAACUUGACAUAUGAACAGCAACAAGCUUUCGGAAUAAUGAGUAUGUUCAGCUCACUGGUUUCCUUGGCGAUGAAUGAUGGCGUCCGGAUGGGUCAACACCUGGAGAAACCACUAGUCACAAAGUGUGCCAUUACUGAUGGCAUUCAGUUCACAUUCAUGUGCUAUCAAUUGAACACACUCUCCUUUCAAGAGGAUACUGGAAUCAAAAACUGUGCGUGGUCUUCUCCAAGCAUGACGCUUUUUACUAAGCAGGAGAAAACAGCUGCUCGAUUGUGGUCUGUUUUAUAUGAGAGUCUUGGGAGGACUGAUGAAGUUGCUGGAUUUAAUGAUGAAUGUUUCAAGACAUUCCUGGCAUUCCUCUGCCAAAAUUAACCCAAACUAAGUAAACUUUGAACUGGAUCAUUGCAGUCAAAAAUGUUCACUAAAAUACCACAGUCCUGACACUGCCAGUAAAUUAUCAGGACUAACUUGUGGUGAAUUUUCUAUAGUAAAAUCCUGUUGACUUAAACAGC